AUGAUUUAUUCGGUGUAUAUAACGUCACGGUCGGGCUCUUUGCUUUAUCAAAAGGACUUCAAGACAGUGAAUUCGCCGAUCACGCGCCAGAAGUCCAACGAUUAUCUCGUGAUAGCCAGUUCGUUGCACGGGGUGCACGCAAUCGCCUCCAAGAUCACUCCUCCCGAUGCGGUUCACAACCACGAGCGCUCGAAAUUGCUCGCCAACUCCAACCGCACCGGCCUGCGCGAAAUCGCCACCGCCCAGUUCAAAAUCUUCAUCAACCAGACCGUCACCGGCGUGAAAAUCAUCCUGUUUGUCUCCCGCGACGUGGACGAAACACGGUUCGCCCUCAUGUACGACAAGAUCUACCAGUACUACUGCGACUACGUGCUGAAAAACCCCUUCUACGAGCUCGAAAUGCCCAUCCGUUGCCACCUGUUCGACGAGCAACUCAAUUCCGUCGUCGCCGCCAGCAACGUGUGA